UAUUCUUCUCCUUGGUGCACAGUGUGUCCUGUCUGCAGUCAGCAGCAUGGGAGGUUCUACUUCCUCCCUUGUUGAUGAGGCCGAGGGUGAAUCUGCCUCUCGGGGUGCCGCUCUGCCCCCCUCCCCCGUCAUGGGAUGUUUGAGGAGCAGCCAGAGCACCUCCAUCCCUCGACAGAGCCACAGACCCAGCAGGCACAGAGAGCGCAGUUUCUCUUCAGGGUCGAUGCCCAUGCAGAGGAGCCAGUGGGCUUGUGGUUGUUGCACUUUCCUAAACGCGGCCAGCGCCCACCGCUGCUCCAUCUGUGAAGCCCCCCGGCGCUGGACGUGGCAGCCAGGUGGCAGCAGGGAGGAUGGCCGCUGGUACUGCCCACGCUGCACACUCGCCAACCCCCGCGACAGCCUGUCCUGCUCUCUGUGCGGAUACAGCAGAGCACCUGAGCGACCCCGGCACUCGUCUGAGGAGCAGCCCCGGCCUCAACGCUCCAGCUCCUGCUCCGGACCCCUAAGGACGUCCUACUCUGAGCAAAACACAAAGGAUUCAGCCAAAAGCAGCCUGCAUUGGGAGUGUUCAAGGUGCACUCUGCAGAACACCCCCACUUCAAUGUCCUGCUCCGCAUGUGGUGGGCCUCGCAAACUGUCUCUCCCCCAGAUCCCUGCAGACGCCCUGCUCAUGCCUGACGAUCCAACGGUGCAACAAGCAGAGCCUGCAGCCGGCGCGCUUUCUCUUUCCAUAUCCACCGGAGGAGAGAGUUUACCCGUAGAAGCUUCAUCUCCACACACAAACUCGUCCUCGGUGCUUAGCGCAGGGUCUUCCUCUCAUAAUAACCCCCUCCCCUGCAGCCGCAGAGAGGUGCCACCUCCAGAAGGCUGCCUCAAUCAAACUCCCAAUUUGAGUCCUUCUCCGUCCACGCUCGCUAUUUCACAUCUCUCCACCCAGCAGGAGCUGCAGCCCGGCAGGCGGCUCAGCAUCCUGAAGGAGGAGAUGUCCCCGCUGUCCCCUGCUCCGGACGGCCCGGCAUCUUUCCACCAGAGUGUCAACAGGACGGAGGAGUGGGCGUGUCCAGCGUGCACGCUCAUUAACGUGGGCAAAGCCAAACACUGCCUAGCAUGCCACACUCCUCAGCAGCAGGUCGGGCAGCUGAAGCCUGCUCCGUCCCCGGGGAGGAAGGAGAGCAUGCUGGUGGAGGAGCUGCGGCAGAGCGAUGAAGGAGAGGCUAAAGAGCUGUGGGAGAACAUCGUCAGCUUCUGCACUGAGAAUGCCGUGACGUUUGUGGACGACAGCUUCCCCCCCGGCCCGAAGUCGGUUGGCUUCCCGUCGGACGACAGCGUCCAGCAUCGUGUCAAAAAGUGGCUUCGUCCUCACGAAAUCAACUGCUGCAACUCGAGAGACCGCACCGUGAAGUGGUCUGUUUUCCGAACGCUUCGCCCGUCCGACAUCCUGCAGGGACUUCUGGGUAACUGCUGGUUCCUGAGUGCCUUGGCUGUUCUGGCUGAACGUCCCGAGCUGGUGGAGAAGGUGAUGGUGACGCGCUCGCUGUGUGCAGAAGGAGCCUAUCAGGUGCGUCUGUGCAAAGACGGCUCGUGGACCACAGUGCUGGUAGACGACAUGCUGCCGUGUGACGAGAACGGACACCUCUUGUUCUCUCAGGCCCAGCGGAAGCAGCUCUGGGUGGCUCUGAUUGAAAAAGCUCUGGCCAAACUGCACGGCUCCUACUUUGCUCUACAGGCAGGUCGUGCUAUCGAGGGUCUGUCCACGCUCACUGGGGCCCCCUGCGAGUCUCUGGCCCUGCAGGUCAGCACCACCAACCCCAAGGAGGAGCCCAUCGACACGGACCUCAUCUGGGCCAAAAUGCUGAGCUCCAAAGAGGCAGGUUUCCUGAUGGGGGCAUCCUGUGGGGGUGGUAACAUGAAGGUGGAUGACUUGGAGUACGAGUCCCUGGGUUUACGUCCACGACACGCUUACUCUGUCCUCGAUGUGAGGGAUGUAGACGCUCACAGGUUACUGCAGCUGAGGAACCCGUGGGGCCGCUUUUCCUGGACAGGAUCCUGGGCAGAUGACUGGCCCAGCUGGCCUCCCAACCUGAAGAGGGAGCUUUGCGCCCAGAGAGCAGAGGACGGCCUCUUCUGGAUGGACUUCUGGGAUUUCAUCAGGUACUUUGACUCAGUGGAUAUCUGUAAGAUUCAUUCAGACUGGCAGGAGGUGAGGACGCCGGGCGUUUUCCCCCGAGGAGCCGACGUCCCACUAACACUGGUGUCCAUCACGGUGCUGGAGAGGACCGCCAUGGAGCUGGCUCUGUUCCAGCAGGGCAGCAGGCGGUGGGACACAGCAGAGAGCCACCUCCUGGAUCUGUGUGUGUUGUUGUUCCGAGUUUCCUACGACAGUGCGGGGUCACCCACACUCGGCCGCCUGCUGGCUCACAGCCGCCGCUCGGUGAGGAGGUUUGUGGGCUGCGACGUGAUGCUGGAGCCGGGAGAGUACGCCGUGCUCUGCUGCGCCUUCAACCACUGGCACAGCAGCCCCGCAGAGGGGAACAGUAAGGCCUCUGAGGAGCCGGGCCACAUGCUGGCAGUCUACAGCUCCAGGCUGGUGAUGGUGGAGCAGGUAACGGCCUCCAGCAACACUAUCGCCGAUGCCAUCAUCCAGCUGACAGAAACUAAAGGAGAGAGACACGAGGGUCGAGAGGGGAUGACCUGUUACUACCUGACCCACGGCUGGGCGGGGCUUAUCGUCAUGGUGGAGAACAGACACCCGAGACAUCACCUCCACGUGUCAUGUGACUGCAGCGACAGCUUCAACGUGGUGUCGACGCGCAGCAGCCUCAAAACCAUCGACAGCAUCCCGCCGCUGCACAGAGUGUUCUCUCUCAGGCAGGUGCUGGUGGUUUUGUCUCAGCUAGAGGGAAAUGCUGGUUUCUCCAUCACUCACAGGCUGGCUCACCGUAAGGCCGUGCAGGCUUCUCUUGGGAACUGGAGUCCCUCGAAGGCAACACACAGCCCGGCUCUGAGCCCGGAGACAGCAGGUCUGCAUCAGCCCCGCCCCCUCUGACCCGCAGCACCAGGAACCAGAUAAAAGAUCUGCUUCAUACACUAAACCGGGGAUUUCACGUGGAGGCAGCUUCUUUAAAGGAACAGUCCAACAUCUAAGGAGUAGCUAUGGCUCAUUUAAGGUUAAAAAAAAAUAUUAUAAAAUGAAGUACGGAGCCUUGGGAGGGGAUAUAUAUUCAGAGAAAUGCAUUCUGAAUUAUGAUUACAGCGAUACAUUUACAAAAUAAAUUUGCUGGAUGAAACUCAAAUAUUCUUAAAAAUUAAAAUGGUAAAAUUAUGGUAAAGAAAUCUGAAAUUUGACUGGAAAAAAACCCCUCAAAUACUCUGAUAUUAAAUGUGUACUUUUUCAAUAUUCCCAAAGGCGCAUUUUAUAUUCAUGGGGAAAAAUACAUUCUCUGAGAUUAAGAUCAUAAAUAACAUUUUUAACAUUUUGGCAAUACUGCAAAAAAAAGUCACACACUAACAACACCGGUUUUAAAAUAACAAUUUAAAUAAAAUUUUAAAAAACACUGUCAUUUUGCGUUACAAUAACACUAUUUAUAGCACCAGAAUAAAUGUGUUCCUUGCACUAGUAUAACUUUAUAAUCUAAGAGAACAUUUUAGUUUUUUCUCAUAAAGUUAUGACAGAAAUCUGAAUAUUACCCCCUCUGCCGGCUCGAAUGUUCUUUUUUUGGAUCCUUUACUGACCCAAAUACACCGUCGUACAUUUCCCUAAAUGUUGGACUUUUUUACAAAGAGGCAUCACAUUUAGUGAGUGCUGUUUCAGCUCCCAUGUCAGAGCUCCUCUGAGACAGAAAUAAUCGUUUUAUUUUUUUAUAAAGCUCAAUAUGCAGAACUAAACAGUUAUGCAGCUUUUUAUGGUUGUGUGAGGUUACUCAUUAGAUGAUAAAACUUUAUAAUUCGAGCACAUGUCAUUCAAGAGAUGCAGCUCAAAAAGUGCAAAAAAAUAAAUGCAAAACACUUUUACCAACCCAGAAUAAAAUUAAACAUAAAGAUAUAAUAUACAAUGUAUAUUAAUAGCCAAAACCACCAUUACAAAUGUUAAUUAUUAGAGAUUUUAUAAAGAAAAUAAUUACAAUUGCAUUAUAGGCCAAAUAAAAUAAAUAAAGGUUUAAUGCUCGUGUUACAAAGAACAAUGCGCCACUGCCAUCACUUUUCAUAGGGACUAUUUCUUUGGUUGAAAGUAGUCCCAAUAAAAACAGUUUACGCUGGAGUGUGUGGAUUAUCAAAGAGUGUUUAUUCCUCUGACAUUAAAUGAGAUUUUUCCACUUCGCUUCAUCAACAAUGUAAUAAAUACAGGCAUCGACUUCUUAAUUGAUUUGAUUCACAAUUCGAUGAUUUAUUUCUGUCCUCAGAGCAGCUCUGCAUCCAAAACCAGUAGUUGCACAUUCCUCCACAGAGACAUGUAGGAACACAUGACGCACUUUAUAUCUCUCACAUUUCAGAUCGCAGGCUGGUCUUCAGGUCCACACUGUCUUAAUUGCACUGGUGAUAGAUGAAUAGAAGUGAUUCACUUUAGUUAGUUGUGUUCGAACUGGCUGCCAAGAAUAUUCACAGUAAUAACAAACAUGGUGUUUAUUCUCCUUAGUAUUUCUCCGUCACUAUACUUGUAGAACGUCCUUUAAUGAAGGAUGUUUAAAUAAAGUUUUAAAGUAGAGACAGUCUUUGUGUGAAAGCAUUAGCACUUUACAAAUUAUAAAACUAUGCUGGAUUGUUAUAUUUUACUUUAAAAUGUAUGUGUUUUUAAAAUGUGCAGGGGAGAAAAAUAUUUGUGCCGAUCUAAUCCAAAACAUCAUUAUUGUUAGAGAAUUUAAAAUAUAAACUAUGCAAAUGUUUGAAAGCUCUUGUGAUGCUCAGUUAAAUUAAACAUGUAUAUCUCUUUAUCAUUGGGUUAUCUGUUACAUUUCUAAAUGUAUUGUUUGUAUAUAUUGUGAUUAUUUUUUAUUUAUUUAUGGAGGCCCAGUUCAAUAAUGUGAUUGGAACAAAAGCUCCUUCUGAUAUAGUAACUCAUAAAAUCAAUUAGUUAAUUUUUCCAAAAUAUAAAAAAAAUAUUACGAUUUAAAAUCAUGUUUAUGCUGGAGAACUAAUUCUCCAUCAUUUUCCAAUAUUUGGUCAUUUUGUUGAGAUAAAAAAUCAUUCACUUGCAUUACAAAGUGGUUAUUCUUUAUAUUAAGUCUUUACAUUCAUCAGGAUCCUUUUAUUUCAUAGGUGUAAUUCAUUCAUGUCAUCAUCAUAUUUCAGUUUUUGAGGCAGAAAUUGGUUUCCAUAGGUUGUAAUUACUGUUUUAUAUAUUACUUUAAAACUUUUUGUUGCCUCCCAAAAAUGCCACUGUCUCCCGAUUGUCUGUUGGAAAUACAAUGUGUAGCUAGGUAGUUAGCCACCUAGCUACAUCACAAGAAAUAGAUUUAUUUAUUUGUUUCAGGAAAUAUUAUGCUAAUUUCAGGUUAAUUUUUGUAUUUUGUGUCUCUACUGGGACAUGUCUCCAUGCUUUAAUGUUCAAAAAGCUCUUUAUUGUUCUCAUACUGCCUGUGCUGCAGCACCUCUUUUCACCCUCUGUCUGAAACCAGAGCCCAGUCGGAUCUGAUGGUAUUCGGUCGGCUCAGUUGUGAUUGGCCAACUGCUUACAGAUGUCCUUCCCCUUAGCUACCCAUAUAUUUUGAUUCCAAAAUUGAACAACGUUUCCUCUGAGUCCUUUUAGUUUCAGUAUUUCAGCACUGAUUGGUCGGGUGAAACAUCAACUAAAUGGGAAUCAAUGCAAUUUAAAGCUGGCAGUAAUAAGCACUUUUAUGCUGCAGAGACAGAUUGUAAUUAUUUAACCUCAGUCUAUCAGCAUUCUUUCACACACUUGGGAAUGACUGACACUUAUUACCUGCCAGUUACUUUUCUUAGGCUAGGAUCAAUAGUCCUACACUAAAAAGCUUUUAGGAGGCGGUAUCUGGUAUUUUCUGGAAAGGUU